GGGAGGAGGAUGAAUGUACAAUGAUUGAUUUUUGGAUUUCUGAUCUCAAUUCGCUAUAUCACAUAGGCCUCUUUUAGAAGUUGUUUAUUUAUGAAUCCUUGAACUCAAUGGCUAACCAAGAUCUCCAUAUUGCUAUUGUCGGGGCGGGCAUGGGCGGGCUGGCCUGCGCUCUUGCUCUGGCGAAGAAGGGAUUCAGGCAUAUUGAAGUCUAUGAAACGGCGUCGAAUCUGGGGUUCGUAGGUGCGGGCAUCCAACUCGCACCAAACAUGGCCCGGAUCCUCGAUCGACUUGGUUGCUGGGCAGAUAUCGAAAAGGAGGCUGUUGACCUCAAAGAGACGAGCAUUCGGCAGGGAUCUUCCGAUGAGGAAUUGACACUCGUGGAUCUGGGCUAUGUCAGAGGGGAGUAUGGCUACCCUCAUAUGGUUGGACAUAGGUCCUCUCUAGCCGGCUCGCUCUUCGAGGGUUGCAAGCGGGAAAAGAGCAUCAAGUUUUUCUUCUCUACCUCUGCAGAGCAAGUAGAUGCAUGGUCGCCCAAGCCGACCUUCAGAGCUAAACCACGUAACGGAGAGCCCUACACCGUCACGGCAGACAUCCUCCUCGCGGCCGACGGCGUGAAGAGUAUCAUCCGCGCCCAGAUGCUCAAGGAACUCAAGGUCGACGCCGACAUCCAAGACACCAACCAAGCCGCCUACCGCAUCAUGCUAACGCGCGACGAGAUGAAACACGACCCGGAGCUCCUCGAGCUCAUCGACGGCGACCGCGCGACGCGCUGGAUCGGCGAGAAGCGCCACAUCAUCGCGUACCCCGUGUCCAACAAGCAGAUCUACAACCUCUCGACGGCGCAGCCCGACACCAACUUCGCGGCGGCGCCCUCGGCCACCUACACCACCAAGGGCUCCAAGGCCGCCAUGCUGAGCACCUUCGCCGACUUCUGCCCCAAGGUCCAGCGCAUGCUGAACCUCGUCCCCGACGGCGAGGUCUGCGAGUGGAAGCUGCGCGUCCACAGCCCGCUCCCGACCUGGAUCCACGGCUGCGUCGCCCUCGUCGGCGACGCCUGCCACCCGACGCUGCCGCACAUGGCGCAGGGCGCCGCCCAGGCCAUCGAGGACGCGGCCGUCAUCGCCGAGGCGCUGGCGCUGAUGCCGGCGCGGGACCCGCAGACCAUCAACAAGUCGCUGCGCGUGUACGAGAAGAUCCGCAAGGAGCGCGCCGAGACGCUGGUCGAGAUGGCGGCGGCGUCGGGACGGGUGCUGCAUCUGGGCGAGAGCGCCGCGAGGGAGGAGCGCGAUAGGCAGUUCGCGGCGGCGAGGGAGAAGAAGGGCUCGGUGCCGGAUAAGUGGGCGGAUGCUGAGAUUCAAAAGCACGUCUAUGGCCAUGACUGCAUGAAGAUCACCCAGGAUUCGUUUGCUGAGAUCUUCGCUGGUCUGUAGGUUUGUUCUAUUAUAGAUAGAUAGAUAUAAUAUAGUCAUUCCUAG